AGAGUCGCGGUGGAUUCCCCGCCACAAAUCCACGCACGCACCUGCACUGCUGGUCACUGUCGUCCCGGACGGGCGUCCCCUUCCCGUGGUCAGAUCCUCAACCUUCCCUCCUCCAUUAUUAACGCCUUUACUUUGGCUGCUUCAUUACUGUUUUCGAUGCCGGCCUCCCGGAUCUGAUUUGGUUCUCGCUUUCCCUUCGCCUUUCUCGGCCGGUCCCAGCUGCUGCUUUUUCUUCGUCGUAAUCCCCGUCCAGCGAGCUGCAGCGCACCACAGUCCACAAACUGCUGAUCGAUCCUAGCUGCUAGGCUGGCUGGAGCAGGAAUUGAAGCAGGCAGCUAGCUAGCUAGCAUUGCGUGAUGAAGAAGAACAACUCCAGCAUUGAGAGCACGGGCGGCGGCGGCGGCACGGUGUCGGGAUCCGGCUCCGGCUCCGGCUCCUUCAACCUCCGGAACCUGUCCAAGGUCAUCCUCCCGCCGCUCGGCGGGCCGUCCGGCGGCCAAAGCCAGUCGCAUGGCGGGUCGGACAAGUGGGUCGUCUCGCCGCUCGACUCCAGAUACAGGUGGUGGGAUACGUUCAUGGUGGUCCUGGUGGCGUACUCGGCGUGGGUGUACCCGUUCGAGGUGGCCUUCAUGAACGCGUCCCCCAAGGGCGGGCUGGAGGUGGCGGACAUCGUCGUGGACCUCUUCUUCGCCGUCGACAUAGUGCUCACCUUCUUCGUUGCCUACAUCGACGGCAGGACCCAGCUCCUCGUCCGUGACAGGAAGAAGAUAACACUCAGGUACCUAUCGACGUUCUUCAUCAUGGACGUGGCAUCGACGAUCCCGUUCCAGGGCCUUGCCUACCUCAUCACCGGCGAGGUCAGGGAAAACGCCGUGUACAGUAUGCUGGGCGUCCUACGCCUUUGGCGUCUGCGAAGGGUCAAGCAGUUCUUCACCAGGCUCGAGAAGGACAUCCGCUUCAGCUACUUCUGGAUCCGCAGCGCGCGUCUCGUCGCGGUGACCUUGUUCCUGGUCCACUGCGCCGGGUGCCUGUACUACCUGAUCGCCGACCGGUACCCGGACCGGCAGAAGACGUGGAUCGGCGCGGUGAUCCCCAACUUCCGGCAGGCCAGCCUGCGGAUCCGCUACAUCUCUUCCAUCUACUGGUCCAUCACCACCAUGACCACCGUCGGCUACGGCGACCUGCACGCCCAGAACAACGUCGAGAUGAUCUUCAACAUUUUCUACAUGCUCUUCAACCUCGGGCUCACCGCCUACCUCAUCGGCAACAUGACCAACCUCGUCGUCGAGGGCACCCGCCGCACCAUGGAGUUUAGGAACAGCAUCAGGGCGGCGUCGAGCUUCGUGGGCCGGAACCACCUGCCUCCGCGGCUGAAGCAGCAGAUCCUGGCCUACAUGUGCCUCAAGUUCAGGGCGGAGAGCCUGAACCAGCAGCAGCUCAUGGACCAGCUGCCCAAGUCCAUCUGCAAGAGCAUCUGCGAGCACCUCUUCGUGCCGGUCGUCAAGGACGUCUACCUCUUCAGGGGGGUCUCAAGAGAAAUGCUCCUGUCCCUGGUCACCAAGAUGAAACCGGAGUACAUCCCGCCCAAGGAGGACGUGAUAGUGCAGAACGAGGCCCCGGACGACGUGUACGUCGUCGUCUCCGGCGAGGUGGAGGUCAUACUGUUCGACGGCAUCUACGAGCAGGUGCAGGCCACGCUGGGGGCGCGGGACAUCUUCGGCGAGGUGAGCGCGCUGAGCGACCGGGCGCAGGCCUUCACGUUCCGGACGAGGACUCUCAGCCAGCUGCUGCGGCUGAAGCAGGCUACGCUCAAGGAGGCCAUGCAGAGCAGGCCCGAAGACAGCGUCGUCGUCAUCAAGAACUUCCUCAAGCAUCAGGUCGAGAUGCAUGGCAUGAAGGUCGAGGACUUGCUGGGAGACAACACCGGCGAGCACGACGACGACGCGAAUGUGCUGACGGUCGCCGCGAUGGGAAACAGCGGCUUACUCGAGGACCUCCUCAGGGCAGGCAAGGACGCCGACGUCGGUGACGCCAAGGGCAGAACAGCAUUGCACAUCGCGGCGUCCAAGGGGUACGAGGACUGCGUGCUGGUGCUACUCAAGCACGCGUGCAAUGUGAACAUCAGGGACGCGCAGGGCAACACGGCGAUGUGGAACGCCAUCGCGGCGGGGCACCACAAGACCUUCAACCUCCUGUACCAAUUCGGGCGCGCGUCGAACCCGCGCGCCGGCGGAGACGUGAUGUGCCUCGCGGCGCGCCGCGGCCACCUCGGCGCGCUCCAGGAGCUCCUCAAGCUCGGCCUGGACGUGGACUCGGAGGACCACGACGGCGCCACCGCGCUGCGCGUCGCGAUGGCCGAGGGCCACGCGGAUGCGGCCAGGUUCCUGAUAUUGAACGGGGCCAGCGUGGACAAGGCGAGCCUCGACGACGACGGCUCAGGUUCAGGCUCCGGCUCUGGCGCCGCGCGGCUAGCAAUGUCGCCCACCGAGCUGCGCGAGCUGCUGCAGAAGCGGGAGCUCGGCCACUCGAUAACGAUCCACGACUCGCCAGCGGUGGUCCCGAACGGCGGCUCGUCGGGGCACAGCCGUCCAGGAAGAUUACAGAGCACAAGUUCGGACAGCCAGCGCUGGCCUCGGGUGAGCGUAUACAAGGGCCACCCUUUCCUCAGAAACCGCACCUCUGAAGCUGGCAAGCUGAUCAACCUACCAGGCACCAUGGAAGAAUUCAGAGCCAUCGUCGGUGAGAAACUGAAAGUUGACGCGGAGAAGGCGUUGAUCGUGAGCGACGAAGGAGCGGAGAUCGACUCGAUCGACGUGAUCCGGGACAACGACAAGCUGUUCAUGGUCACCGAAGAAGAUCUGAGGCGGCUGGCAUCAAUGGACUGGCUGUCGUGCGAGUGAUUUGGUUCCUCCCAAGAUAAUUGGAGGCUAAAUAUAGAAUACAGUACAAGAGUAUUGUGCUUCUACGAUGUCUAGGAUUGAUAGAUUGAUGGCAACUACUGAGUGGCAUGAGCUCUAUCGAGCGACUAAUUUGCAGGCAAUGUGUACCAUGAGUUCGGACCACUGUCCGUUAUUAAUGCAAGGUCAUUCUUCUUGUAAUUUCUAUAAGGGGUUUCAUUUUGAAUCCUAUUGGGUACACACUGACGGGUUCAAAGAUGUAGUUCAACAAGCUUGGACGGCCACAAUUAACUCCUCUGAUGUCA